UUUUUUCUGUGCUUCCAGGAAAUAUUUUGGAGUGGCAUUGCCAAAAUAAUUAAAAGUGGUUUUCAUGCUGGGAUUUCAAUCUCAUGCAACAUGAGCCUCCCUCCUUGUGGACUUGGUGCCAGUGUUUGAAGUCAAUCAAUCAGUCUGCAUCCAGCUGUUGGUGAAGUGUGCAACCAUGUAUUUGUACAAUCUUACACUUCAGAGAGCCUCUGGGAUAGUCUGUGCUGUACAUGGCAACUUCUCUGGUUCCAAGCACCAAGAGAUUUUGGUGGCCAGAGGAAAAAUCCUAGAACUUUUACGCCCAGAUCAUAUGACUGGGAAGGUCCACACACUUCUGGCCACUGAAGUAUUUGGGAUCAUUAGAUCUAUCAAGGCAUUUAGACUGACUGGUGGAAACAAAGAUUAUAUUGUGGUGGGAUCUGAUUCUGGUCGCAUUGUGAUUUUGGAGUACAACCCGAGUAAGAAUGUUUUCGAAAAGGUUCAUCAGGAAACAUUUGGCAAAAGUGGAUGUCGCCGUAUUGUUCCUGGACAAUAUCUUGCUAUUGAUCCAAAAGGCAGAGCUGUGAUGACUGGUGCCAUAGAAAAGCAAAAGUUGGUGUAUAUAUUGAAUCGAGAUUCUCAGGCCAGGCUUACGAUAUCUUCUCCACUGGAAGCGCAUAAGAGCAAUACCCUGGUCUAUGACAUGGUUGGAGUUGAUGUAGGAUUUGAAAACCCUUUGUUUGCCUGUUUGGAAAUUGAUUAUGAGGAAGCAGAUGCUGAUCCAACAGGCGAGGCUGCCCAAAAGGCACAGCAAACCCUCACAUUCUAUGAAUUAGACCUGGGAUUAAAUCAUGUUGUCCGCAAAUACAGUGAACCUCUGGAGGAACAUGCCAACUUCCUUAUCACUGUUCCAGGAGGACAUGAAGGAGGCACUGAAGGCCCCAGUGGUGUCCUUAUCUGUUCAGAGAAUUACAUCACCUACAAGAACUUGGGUGAUCAGCAUGACAUUCGUUGCCCCAUACCUAGAAGGAGGAAUGACCUGGAUGAUCCUGAGCGAGGGAUGAUUUUUGUAUGCUCAGCCACACACAAGACAAAGCACAUGUUUUUUUUUCUGGCCCAGACUGAACAGGGUGACAUAUUCAAGAUCACCCUGGAAACUGAUGAAGACAUGGUCACAGAAAUACGCCUCAAGUAUUUUGAUACUGUCCCAGUUGCAACAUCAAUGUGUGUCUUGAAGACAGGGUUUCUUUUUGUUGCCUCGGAAUUUGGAAACCACUACCUAUACCAAAUCGCUCAUCUGGGUGAUGAUGAUGAUGAACCUGAAUUUUCAUCGGCAAUGCCUCUGGAAGAAGGUGACACAUUCUUCUAUGCUCCACGAGGACUUCGGAAUCUUGUUCUUGUUGAUGAACUGGAAUCCCUCUCCCCUAUCCUCUCCUGUCAAAUUGCUGAUCUUGCCAAUGAAGAUACUCCUCAGCUGUACGUUGCUUGUGGAAGAGGUCCCCGAUCUUCACUUCGGGUGUUGCGCCAUGGCUUAGAAGUCUCAGAAAUGGCUGUUUCUGAACUUCCUGGCAAUCCCAAUGCAGUGUGGACAGUGAAGAAGAAAGCUGAUGAUCAAUAUGAUGCCUAUAUCAUUGUGUCAUUUGUGAAUGCUACCUUGGUACUGUCAAUCGGAGAGACUGUUGAGGAGGUGACUGAUUCUGGGUUCCUAGGUACCACUCCUACCCUGGCUUGUGCCCAACUUGGCGAUGAUGCUCUUGUUCAAAUCUAUCCAGAGGGAAUUCGUCAUAUACGUGCAGACAAAAGGGUCAAUGAAUGGAAGGCUCCAGGGAGGAAAACAAUCCAAAAAUGUGCAGUUAAUCAGAGGCAGGUUGUCAUUGCCCUGACUGGUGGAGAACUGGUUUAUUUUGAAAUGGACCCAACAGGGCAGCUGAAUGAAUAUACAGAGCGAAAGGAACUGUCAGCUGGUGUGGUUUGCAUGGCACUUGGGACUGUACCAAGUGGUGAGCAGCGAAGCAGGUUCUUAGCUGUUGGCCUCGAGGACAACACUGUGCGCAUCAUCUCUCUUGACCCCUCAGUGACAGGGGACUUAUCUGAUACUCGAACAAGGUACCUUGGCUCCAAGCCUGUGAAGCUUUUCAGAGUGAAUAUGCAGGGCAGUGAGUCAGUCCUGGCUAUGUCAAGUCGAUCAUGGCUCAGCUAUUACUAUCAGAAUCGAUUCCACCUCACCCCUCUCUCAUAUGAGAUUCUAGAAUUUGCAUCUGGAUUCUCAUCGAAUCAGUGUCCGGAAGGAAUAGUUGCAAUAUCAACUAAUACCCUGCGAAUCUUGGCCUUGGAGAAACUGGGAGCUGUAUUCAACCAGGUUAGUCAUCCAUUGGAGUAUACACCAAGAAAAUUUGUGAUUCAUCCUGAGUCAGGAAGUCUCAUAAUCAUUGAGACUGAUCAUAAUGCAUACACAGAGGAAACCAAGCUACAGCGCAAGUACCAGAUGGCAGAGGAAAUGCGAGAAGCAGCUGGGGAAGAAGAGCAAGAACUGGCCAAUGAGAUGGCUGAAUCCUUCCUCAGUGAGCAACUGCCUGAGGCCACAUUCGGGGCACCCAAGGCUGGACCAGGAAUGUGGGCCUCCCUUCUUCGCCUUAUGGACCCCAUCCAAGGCAAGAGUCAGGUCAUCCGCCUUGAGCAAAAUGAGGCUGCUUUGAGCCUGGGUCUGGUGAAGUUUAGUUCUCACCCAGAUCACCAGUACAUUCUUGUCGGAGUGACAAAGGACUACCAGCUGAAUCCUAGGCAGGUUGGUGGAGGAUUCAUCUAUACCUACAGAUUGGUAAAGGAGGGACAGGAGUUGGAAUUUGUGCACAAGACACCAGUGGAGGAUAUUCCAGGAGCCAUUUGUGCCCAUGCUGGGAUGGCCAUUGUGAGCGUGGGCAAUCUUCUCCGAGUCUAUUCCCUAGGCAAGAAGAAACUGCUGCGGAAAUGCGAGAACAAAGUACACAUUCCCAACUUCAUUGUUUCGAUCCAAGCCCUGGGAAAGCGUAUUUAUGCAUGUGACAUCCAAGAGAGUGUGUUCUGGGUCCGCUAUAAGCGGUCUGAAAGCCAGCUUGUGAUAUUUGCAGAUGAUGCCACACCUCGCUGGGUCAACACAUCUUGUCUACUUGAUUAUGACACAAUUGCUUUAGGCGAUAAGUUUGGUAACAUCUCAGUGAUUCGACUUCCACCAAAUGUCAAUGAUGAAGUUGAUGAAGACCCAACAGGGAACAAGGCUCUCUGGGAUCGGGGCUACCUCAAUGGAGCAUCUCAGAAAGCUGAGGCUAUCUUCAACUUUCAUGUUGGGGAGAAUAUACUCUCACUUCAAAGGGCAACUUUGAUUCCGGGUGGGAGUGAGUCUCUGGUUUAUACAACAUUGAGUGGUUCCAUUGGGGCAUUGGUUCCAUUCACAUCACAUGAGGAUCAUGACUUCUUCCAGCACUUGGAGAUGCACCUGAGAGCAGAGCACCCACCAUUAUGUGGACGAGAUCACCUUGCUUUCCGUUCCUUUUACUUCCCUGUCAAGAACGUGAUUGAUGGUGACCUGUGUGAGCAGUACAAUUCCAUUGACCCUGCAAAGCAGCGAAGCAUAGCUGAAGAUCUGGAUCGUCAACCCAGUGAAGUGUCCAAGAAGUUGGAAGACAUCAGAACUCGAUAUGCCUUUUGAGAUUACUUUGAUUUUUGCCUGUACAGCGCUUGUUAUAAAGGUGUCUUGUCCCUUGGUCUCAAAUCCAUUGAUGAUCCUUAACUGUAUGCACUCUCACAGUUCAUGUGCAGUCCAAUCUUGGUAUGACAAAAAAAGAUGAAAUGGAAACCUCAUGUACCAAAGUCCUCAGUGUUGC